AUGACGGGAGAUUACCAUUCGAUUAACAAAACGCAUGAUAUCGUACGUAUCCUGAAACUAAAUAAAACUUUUCAUAUUGACGAUGCGUCAGUGAUUGUAUCGGAUUUUAACGGCACUUUUCGUUUACCAAAAGAUGAUCCAGCAUAUGAUCAACCGUUCAACAGAUAUUGGCCACGAGAUGAUCGUGAACUAGAAACAGAACGUUUUAUGUUGAAUGUUCAUGGUACUUUUUACGAAGCAGGUCGCGAAGCUGGAUACGUUGGUAUAAGACCAAUAGCUACUCAUAGCAAGAAAAUUAUGGAUUUUGCUUCAUGGCGAGGCAUAGUUAUCCUGACUGGAACGAAACAGAACGCCAGCUUUGAUGGACACUACUUUCCGACAUCACGAGGUAAUGAUCAAUGGUUUGGAAUGAUAGAAGAUCUAUGGAAAUUAGGUAAACCACGUGGAGAAGGUGCUCUAUGGAAGGAAAAUUAUGUGAAUACAAAUGAAAUCUCAUUAACGUAUCUCAUGACCGGCUAUGAUAAGAAAACAGUUAGUAUAACUGCAGAUACUAACAUCAAUGUUACUCUACAGGUUAACGUUGAGCUCCAUGGAUGGCACAACUACAAACCUAUGCAAGCAAUUGCUGGAAGUACAAUACACUAUGUUUUCUCGGAUGGAUACAGUGAUCACUGGAUUCGAGCAGUUGUUGAAAGAGCUUGUACUAUUACAAUAAGCUUCAAAUACCAAUAA